GAAGCGUAAAAAAGAACCUUCAUGUUUACAUGGUGCUCACAGUUUCUCUCUUCGUUUUUGUUCAUACCUGUUUUAUGUCUCAUUUAGUAAAUCCUUUCACAUUGAUGCAAUGAAAACUGUAUUUGUAACUGUCGGGACAACAUGUUUUGAGGAUUUGGUUGUCACUGUGACUUCAGAUGAAGCCGUGAAGGCGUUAAUUGAUCGAGGAUAUACAGACAUGGUUCUUCAGGUUGGCAGAGGUUCAGUUGUUCCUGAUUCAGAGAGUUGUCCAGGAUUGAGAGUUGAAGUGUUUCGUUUUAAAGACUCAAUCGCGGAGGACAUGAGACACGCAGACCUGGUCAUCAGUCAUGCUGGAGCAGGAAGCUGUUUGGAAGCACUUGGAGCUAAUAAAGCUCUCCUCGUGGUGGUCAAUGACAAAUUAAUGGACAAUCACCAGCUUGAGCUUGCAAAGCAGCUGCAGGCGGAUUCACAUCUAAUUUACUGCACUUGCAGCACUCUGCCUCAGACUUUGAAGGAAAUGGACCUGUCUGCAUUGACAUCCUACGUGCCUGGUCAACCACAGAACUUCGCCACCUUUUUAGAUAAGGCCAUUGGACUUGUGUAAGCUCUGUCACUUGAACCAUAGUCAGCUUUGAUGAGAAUUCAGGCUGGUGAUGAAAGUGUAUUAGAGGGAAUAUCUGCACUGUCCCCUCAGGAGUCUCGUGCUUGAGCAGAGCUGAUUUUUACCAAGCUAAAAGCAAUUUUGAACUGACCUUUCAUGGGAUAUGCCCUGCAGAGAAGUAUGAAAAUUGUGAAGAUACAGUAGCAAUGAGAGUCGUUUUUAUAAUUAAUUUGAAGAUCAAUUUAAAUGGCAAAAUAUUAAAGUAUUAAAAGUAUUUAAAAUAAA